AUGAGUGACCAGACCCUUGUGGAUGGAGUGUCUGUGGCUGAGCUGUGUUUGGGGGGGUGUAAAGUGACCUUUUAUGACUUGGUUGGGGGGGCGGGGUGGCUGGGCAGGGCUAUGUUGGGGAGCUACUAUACCCAGUCACAUGGUCUGGUGUUUGUGGUCGAUCUGUGGUCGAUUCACAAAAGCCUCCAAGACACCAGGGUCGCCAUCACUGACGUCCUACAGCACACCCACAUCGCUGGCAAGGCUGUUCUACUGCUUGCCAAUAAGCAGGACCUGUCUGGGGCUCUGGGAGAGGUGGAACUGAUACACUGUCUCUCUCUGGAGAAACUGGUCAACAGACACCAAUGUCGCUGCCUCAUUAAGUUGUGGUUAGCUGUGCUUGGCUCAGGGAGGUCCCUGGAUAAGUCCAUCAGCGAGAGAGUAGAAUGGCUACUGGACUACAUCUCCCAUGAUUAUAAGCCUAUUAAUGAGCGUGUGCAGAUGGAUACAGCACAUAAGAGGACCAGAGAGGAGGACAAGAGAAAAAGAGAAGAGAUAGCAUGCUUGGAGAAAGAGGACAGGUGA